AAUUGAUAUUGGAGGGAGAGCUACUUGCCAGAGAGCUUUCUUCUCCUUGCUUGCUUGAGCUGCCAUUGUAAUCUUGUUGCUUCGCAAGGAGGCGGAAGAGGAACAUCUCGGUUCACUGAUUUGGAAUGAUUCCUCCUGGAUUGUAAACUCUCUUGUUCUUUUCAUGUUUAGUAAAUUAUGAGAGGAUUGCUUAUAAAUCCCACUCUGAUUUUAUCAAAUGAGUUGAAUUACCAACUUCACUCGUGUUACCCGGUUAGUUGUGCACACAAGCAUUUCCAUGUUAUUCCAGAAUUGAAAUCAUGUAUAAGGCGUAGGAUAACUCAUGGGGGUAAUGUAGCUUCAAUGUCGUCGAUGAGUAUUCCACGAUUGAAUUUCGUGGUUCGCUCCACAAAAUUCUUGGAAUUUAGGACAUGUGAAGAGGAUGAGGCUAUUAGCUUGGUCGUUGAUGAAGGAGUCGAAGAAUCGUCUCGGGAGUGGAAAUCGCCUCCCUGGGGAGAAGUGAAAAAUCAGGAUGAGCCAAUCUUUCAAUCUGAAGAUGUAAACCAGUCCGAAGUGUUAGAAGGGGAGGGUUUGGUAAGUGACAGAAAGGUGUAUUUUCUUGAGGAAACUGAUGAAGUUAUGCUAUCAAAGCGUAUUUUAAUUCUCAGUAGAAAAAAUAAGGUCAGAAGUGCAAUGGAAUUAUUCAGGUCCAUGCAUUUAGCAGGUCUUCUGCCAAGUUUUCAUGCUUCAAAUUCACUUUUAGCUUGUCUUUUGAGGAAUGGGCUGUUUGAUGAUGGUUUACGAAUCUUCGAGUUUAUGAAGUCAAACAAGCUAUCAACAGGGCACACUUAUAGCCUUAUACUCAAAGCAGUUGCUGAUACUCAUGGAUUUCUUUCUGCUCUUGAGAUGUUUAGGACAUGGGAGCAUGAAUAUGACUUAAAACAGUUCGAUGCAAUUGUUUAUAACAUGAUGAUAUCGGUCUGUGGAAAAGAGAAUAACUGGGUUGAAGCUGAGAGAAUAUGGAGACUAAUGGAGGAAAAUGGCUGUAGUGCAACACAUCUAACUUAUUCUCUAUUGGUGAGCACUUACGUCCGCUGCAACCAGAAUGAACUUGCGAUUGACAUUUAUGUAAAGAUGGUUCAAAAUUGUUAUAAACCAGCUAAUGAUACAAUGCAAGCUAUUAUCGGCGCAUCUUCAAGGGAAGGGAGGUGGGAUUUUGCUUUAAGAGUCUUUCAAGAGAUGUUGAAAUGUGGACUCGAACCUAAUUCCGUUGCAUUCAACGCCUUGAUCAAUGCUCUAGGAAAAGCUAAUGAGGUCACUUUAGCAUUCAGCAUAUACAAUAGGAUGAAAUCUAUGGGUCAUUCACCUGAUGUUUAUACAUGGAAGGCACUACUUGGUGCUCUUUACAAGGCAAAUCGCUACAACGAUGCUAUUCGUCUCUUUGAGUUUGUGAAAAGAGAGGAGAAGGCUCAAUUGAAUAUACAUAUUUACAAUACCGUUCUAUUGUCUUGUUCAAAGCUUGGGUUAUGGGAUAGGGCUCUCCAAAUUUUAUGGGAAAUGGAGGCCGCCUCUGGUUGCUUAGUCUCGGCAUCAUCAUAUAACAUUGUUAUUAGUGCAUGUGAGAUGGCUAGGAAGCCAGAAAUUGCGUUGCGAGUUUACGAACGCAUGAUUCAUCAGAAGCUCACUCCUGAUACCUUCACUCUUUUGUCGCUUAUCCGAAGCUGCAUUUGGGGAUCUUUAUGGGAUGAAGUGGAACUACUUCUAUCUAAGUCUGCACACGAUGCAUCUGUAUACAAUGCUGUCAUCCAAGGAAUGUGCUUAAGAGGCAAGACUGAUUUAGCAAAAAAGUUUUACACGAAGAUGCACGAAAUCGGUAUCCAACCAGAUGGAAAAACACGAGCUUUGAUGCUUCAGACGUUGCCGAAGGAUCGUGCUGGACUGAAGAACAGGUUGGCCUCUCGUUUCAAGAAAAGGCACAGACAUUAUCACCACAGGUAACAUGAAUGAAUGUAAAAGAAGGUGUGAAAAGAUUAGAUUACUGUAAAUGAAGUAUAUAUUGUAGAUGUAUAAUGCUAGCUCAAACUCAUUGUUGUAUAGCUUAGCAGAAUGGCUGGUUGAUUGCAUCAGUUGGCUUAUAUUCCAUACAAAAAUCUUAGAUAUCUGAUCAAUCG